AUGAAGGCCCUUUUCCCACUUCUCAUUAUCGGGGCAUGCUCCCCGAACCUUGUCUUUUCUGCGAUCGCCCUUGACAGGCUCAGCAUCACAGAUAGCAAUGCCCCAGUGCUUGUCCCUUCGGCCGUUGCAGAUGUUAGCAGCAUCGCAAAGAGAACUGAAGAAUGGACACCUAAAGAACUGGUGGUAAUUGCUAAUAAUGGAUGCUUCAAAAUGAUUGAAGAUAACAUGGACAAGAUCCCUGAUUGGGUCCAGAAAUACAAAGAUUGGGAAGCUUUGGCACUACAGGACAUUGCUAGUGGGAAGAGUCUCUCGGCUCGGUACGGAGAAGAAAAGCUCGGCAUGCCUCACUGGUUUUGCGAUCCCGACAAUGGCUGCUCUUCAUCGCCAAGUCCUCUGAAGAUUUUGCAAUUUGUGGAUGCCACCGAACCGGACAUGCCUCGGGAAAAAAGGGUCGAAGAAGCUCAGGGAAGAUACUGGGCCGCUAUGAGCUACUACAUGACCUUCCGCACUGCAACUCACACAUUAAAUGCUCUCAAACGCGCCCAGGAUUUUGUGCUGCCAAGAAUCGACACUAUCAUCGUAGAAUUCACUAAGCAAGGCAACAGUGAAGCAAUUCUCAAAUGCAAGCUCAAAACAUUUUUUAUCAAUCUGCUAUAUCAAUUCUCGGAAAAAUUCCUCAUGAUGAGUUUGGCAAAACUAGUCAAAAUUGAGGGUGAUGCCGGGGGGCUUUGGACUUCGUUCAACAAGCUUGAGCCGUUUCAAGUUGCCUCUCUCCUGAAACAGAUUCUGGAUUUUACAUUACCAAUGGAGCAUGAUUUCAAGUAUAAAAAGUUUGGAGCAGGCAAUGACGGAGAAACUCCUUUCGACUUCUUGCGCCUCACAAGUAUGACAUAUACGAGUGACCUUUACUGUGGCCAUAUGGAUGGUCUGGCUGCCGAUGGAAGCGACACUGGGACUCGUAUCAGCGACUCCAAAUACCACAUGAGUGAAAUCAUGAAGCACUAUAUCAAAAACAUCAGUGACGUCUUCAAAACACUCAAUGGAUUUGGGGAAACCCAUCUUGAUCAGAAGAUGAGCGAUUGGAUGUUCAACGCCAAUUAUGAGGAGAUCAUCCACCGACUUGACCGUGUUGACAUCUCCGAUGAAGCUCAAAAUUUUAGCCACACGAUCGCAGGUUAUUUCAUUGCUGCUGGUUGGGCGAGCAACAAAUGUUACAUGAAGUGCCAACCCAAGAUGUUUCGACAAAAUGUUCAGAAAAGAUGCUACGAGGCGCAAUUUGCCGCAGAUAGAUUCUGUCCUGAAGAUGCGCCUGAUACAUUGUGUCAAGUCAACUGUUACACGAUGCUGGACUCUGGAAAUCAUGAAAAGAAACUCAUCGGCAUCGAAAAGCUAAGCAAGCACGGGUUUGAUAUAGAAAAUGUCAAGAGAGACUCUUGGAAUAAUUAUAAAGAACUGAAUAGGCUCAAGAGACCCCAGAUAGAUUACGUCAAUGGCAAAGAAUUUACAUUCGGCGCAGAAAAUAGAUCAGCCCUCGUUCUUUCUGUAUCUUUGUCCGCCACCAACAAAAUCUCCGAUAAGCCCACCAAGUCUUGGAACUUCCCAUGUUUUAGUGGCCAGGACUGGAGAGGUCUCGAUACUGAACGACACUUAAUUAACAUGAAUAUGGGAUUCGGUUCCACGGAUUGGGGAGGAGGAGGAAAAGGAAAAGCUCGUGCUUGGGAAAUGUUUCAACAGCAAUGUCCAGAACAAACCCGCAAAAUGCCUCCCCUUACCCGCUAUCUUAACAUAAUUUGUGGACAACGCCUCAAGUGGCCCGAAAGAACAUGGAAAGAUGGACUUGUACACCGCCGAGUCAUGCAACCAGACGUCGAAGGAAAGAACUUCGAAACCUGCAGAACCCUCCGGGAAAAAACCGAAGACAUGGACGAAGAAACCGCAAACCAUCUCUUCUGCCACGGAUACUGGCCCGAAUCCUCCAAAGUUUUCAGCAACGAAAAAUCGUGGGUUUACACCGAUUGGAACGCCCGCUGGCAUCGUGGUUCCGGACUCAAAUUCAUGUAUAACCAUAAACUCAGAUGUCACCUCCAUCGAAAGAGCACUCCAAAUUUUCGUCCCGAUCAGAAGUGGCUGGAUAUGAAUUGGACUAAUGAUCCCUCAAAGGUGGUUGGUGAGGGGAAUAAUCUUAAUGGUACGGUGCUGGAGCUAGUCUCUGAAGAGGCUAAUGUCAUGGAAGAUCUGCCUGAUGAUGCGGAUGAUAUAGAUCCGGAGGGGACGGAGAGGUUGAGACAUAUUAUUGAGGAGUUUAGUAAGGAGAUUAUAAAGACCAAGUCGAAAGAUUCAACUUGA